UUUUAUAAUUUAUAUCGUGAGAUCCUUAGAGAUGGGCAAUUUGAACUGAUGCAACUGCAAUCAAGCUGAUGGCAUGGACAUGCAAUUUAUUAUCGACACAGCUUGUAUAAAGCCUGCAGAUGCAACUCUCACUGAGACCAAGGUGAAGAAAAACGAGAGGUUCGAAAACAACUUGGUAAAAUCUGAAGCAAAUGACAGUGUGCUGAGGGAUAAAAGCCAUAGUAAUGCACUAAAUUCUACAACCGAAACCAAGAAUGCUCCUCAAAAUAUUUUUCUGAAUGAAGAAGCCUAUCCUAAAAUUGAAUAUAUCAAGUACAUGAAUUACCAAACUUGCCAUGAAAUUGAGGAUAGAGACUUGAUCCCAACUGACCCAUCCAAGGUGAUCGCGCCAGAUCUUCUAAAUCCAUUUGGGCGUACAAAUGGAGACUUUCUAAACCUAAAGUUGUACAAGAAUGCAGCUCGUCCUUCUGACAAGAUUAAGAGUAUCUAAAGAGGUUCUCUUAUAACUAAAACUUUGUAAAAAUGUUGCUAUACCUUCUUUUUACC